GUUAUUUAUUAUUUUUUUUUUAAAAGAAAUAAAAAUUCCUUGCACAUCGUUCUCUUGGUAUCAUGUACACAUUAGCACCAACCUCCAUGAAUCCUUGAAAUCUUAUCCUCCAUGGACGCCUGUAUAUUCCGAAUUCCAUAUCUGAGUCAUCUCCCUUCCACCAAAUCAAAUUUUCUCUCCCCAAAUCUCUUCCGAAGCUCCCGAUACUGCAGUUACAAUCCAUUCAAACUGGACACUAGCAAGCGAAACGACAUUUCUUUUGACGAGGCGGCGUAUGAGGCCGAGAGACUUCGACUCGACGCUAAGGCAAGGGAAUCCAUGGCCACGGAGGCGGAUGAGACACUGGGAAAUGGUAAUGACGACGAUGAUCCAAAAGCUUGGAAAUGGGUGAUCCGGAAGAGGAUUUGGGAUUUGAUGGAAGCCAAAAACAUUGCCCAGUUCCCAAGACCUGUUCAUCACCGGAUACCUAAUUUCGUCGGUGCUCCUACUGCUGCUAAUAAAUUGAGUAGGCUGGAUGUGUUUCUAAAGGCUGACUGUGUGAAGGUGAAUCCUGAUACGCCUCAAAAGCAAGUCAGAUUUUUAACACUCAAUGGUGGAAAGAAGCUACUUACUCCACAACCCCGUUUAAGGACUGGAUUUUUCUCUGUACUUGAAUCAAAUGCGUUAAAUCCUAGUACCAUAAAUGAGGCAUGCACAUCUGUCGGGGUUGCCAAAUAUGGAAAGCCCAUUGGAUUGGAUGAGAAGAUUAAGGUUGACCUUAUUGUCAUUGGUUCUGUUGCAGUUGAUCCAAAAACUGGGGCUCGACUAGGCAAGGGUGAGGGAUUUGCAGAACUUGAAUACGGAAUGCUGCGUUAUAUGGGAGCAAUUGACGACUCAACCCCAAUCGUAACAUCUGUGCAUGACGAACAACUAGUGGAUGAUAUUCCUGUUGAGAAGCUGUUAAUCCAUGAUGUCCCUGUUGACAUCAUAUGCACUCCCACCCAAAUUAUUUUUACCAACACAUCCAUCCCCAAACCUCAAGGUAUUUACUGGGAUAAACUUUCACCUCAGAAGCUUCGCCAGGUUAAAAUCCUUAGAGAACUUAAAGCCAUAAUCGAAAAAGAAACUGGACAAAAACUUCCCACUGGCCCUUCUGAGAAACUUCCCCCUACUGCUCAAAGACGACAAAAGCGAUAGUGUGUGUGUGUGUGUGU